UGAGCCUUGCUACGUGCCGUAGCAAAACAGACAGCUCAUAUUGGAGCGAAAGUUUCAAAAGGCAAAAUAAGCGUCGCAUCAAUUUACGAAACUAUGAGAGCUGUGUUUUAUCUGUUAUUAAGAACUUUGUUGAAACAAUAGUAAAAACAGUCCACAGAUAAAAAAUAAUGGAAGGACUGGAGAUGUCCGCGAUGAUACCAGCUCUUCAAGAGCUCGCCAGUGCCAGCCCAUCGGAGUACAAUAAUGCAGUGCAGAAACCCCGACAGAUCUUGUGCCAGUUCAUUGAUAGGAUAUUGACAGACGUGGAUGUUGUGGCUCUAGGGCUGAACAAGAAGUCUACCUCGGAGCCUGCCUGCGUGAUGUUGCUGGACUUCGUGCAACACAUUAUUAAAUCCUCCUCCCUGAUGUUCGCCAACCCGGCCUGCCGUGGAGCAGAGUAUGCAGACACCACGCAGAGCUGCAUGGAGUUCAGUCGCUGGGUGGUGGGCAGGAUGCUGCGCGUGGCCGCGUCGCCGGACUGCGACGUCAUCCACCCGCCGGUCUCGGCCGUGCUCUGCUCCCUGCUGCACACGCUGCGCGUCCGGGCGCCCAUCCUCUUCGGCCGCGUGACGGACGAGCUGCUGGGCCUGUGCCAGGACCUGUGCGACGUCCUCCAGGACGGCGCCCGCUGGCCCGUCACGCUGCAGCGCUUCCGCGUUCCCGGCGCGCCCCCCGCCGCCCACCUCGCCCCCUGCCCCCCGCUCGUCCUGCCCUCCCAGGCCGCGCUGGAGUCGCUGGUCGCCGUGGUGAUGGGCGUCAUGACCGACGCCCUGAGGGGUGUGGUCUCCCAGCGGGCCCUGGCGGUCACCUGGGAGACGGCGUGCUUCGUGCUGGCCCACGGCGGAUGCGGCCCCCGGCUCCGGCCCAUCGCCAUGGCGAUGCUGCAGCGCCUGGUGGAGCUGGCCGGCGUCCAGGAGAGGCAGGGCCACGAGUUGUUCGGCGCCUACCUCCAGCUGCUGGAGACGCACUUCCACCCGGACCCCGGGGCGGCGGGCCCGCGGGCCUACGGCGGGGAGCUCCUCGGUCUGACCCGUGCCGUGUUUCAGCCCCUUGGGGGCUCGUGGCAGCGGGCCCCCACGCUGGAGCCCGUCCACCUGGCCCAGCUGCUGGACUGCGUCUGCGCCCUGGCGGUGGCCGGCCUGCGGUUGGGGUCGGAGGUCAGCCAAUCCCUGUGCGUUAUCUUCGGCUUCCUGCUCUCGGUCGCCCCCGGCUACGAGGGCGCCGUGCUGAUUCGGAGGCAGAGGGUGACGGAGGUGUGCAGGAGGCUGGUCUGCACUGUGGGGACGGAGAGUCAAGCUGAGUGCGCCGAGGGCUUCCUCCAAACCGCGCUGGAGGCUGAGGUUGCCAUGGUGACCCGGGAGCUGGAAGGCGACGGGGAGGUGGCUGCCAAGAGGCCGCGUUUACCCAUCAACCCCUCCGCCAGCAAGAGCACAGGAAGCUGCGCAACGGAGGUGGACAUGCGUGUACGGAGCGUGGUGUGGGCAGAGACGAGCAGCCGCAUGGAGCAUCUGCUGACCUCCCUGAACUCUGAGCCUGAGCCCGGGGACGCUGUCCACGCACUGGACGGACUGGCCCUCCUCCUGCACCUGGUGGCCCUCUGCACAACUCCCACCAGUCCGUCCCCACUGCUCUGGGUGACCGUGGAGACUCUGGGCAGGGCCCUGAAGAGCUGCCAAUCACUGCUAGAGGGCAGGGCUAAGAGUAACUCCAGCCAAUCCCUCGUUCAGUCAGCUUUCCAAAGCACCCUCACGGUUCUGGACUCCAUCCUGUACCUGACAUCAAACAACCAAGCGGAGGGGGAGGAGGGCCUGCACAGACGGGUGUGCUGCCUGCUGUCCUACCCCUGGGUGUCGGAGCUCCAGGCCCUGCCUGCCUACAGGGCCUGCGGGUUCCCCUCCAGCCAGCCGGCCCUGGCUCAGUCCCUGGGGUCCUGCUGCGACUCUCGGGCAGAGUGUUUGUCUCUGCUCGCGCUGCUGCGUCGGGGUGUGUGUGAGAAGUGGCGCGUGUGUGUGUUCCUGGAGGCCUUGAAGAGCCCCGACCAGGCGGUGAGGGCUGCGGCAGUACGAGCCUUCCCCCUCCUGCUGCACCAGCUCGGCCCCACACACCAUCAGCUGCUCAGCACUGCACUACCGUCCAAACUGGAGGACAGCUCGGAGCAGGUCAGGGAGGAGCUGGCCCGGACGCUGGGUCAGCUGACCUGCAUCCAAUCACACUGCUCCAAGCUUGCCGCCAUUCGUUCGGUGUCCCCGCAAGCCCCUCCCCCCAGGAUCCUCUGCUCCCGGUUGGGCCUUGCAUCAGAGCACGCCGGGGAGACGGAGGCGUCCGUGGCAGCAUCCGUGAUAAGGCCGUACCUGGCUCUACUGGAAGGCCAGUCUCCUAGUGGUGUUAAGCAAGCCUUUGUGGAAGCCUUGCCCCACCUCAGCUUGCACGUGAAUCUAGUGGGCGGAGACAGCGACUCUCAGGCAAUUCUAUCGGCUCUGAUUGGUCUCAUUGAGGAUCCGGACCCAGUGGUCAGAACGUGCUUCGGCCAAUCGGUGCGCUUCCUGCUGGCAGAGCCCGACCCCAGCCCUCAAUAUGCCAUCGUCAGUGAGCUGCUGGUGGCCCGUCUGAACGGGGCGUACGUCACCGCCAAGCAGAACAAAGAUGACGCUCUGCGAAACACGCUCAUCCUCACCACCGGGGAGAUCGGGAGGGCAGCCAGUGGUAGCCUGGUGUCCUUCUCUCUGCUGCGGCUGCUCCACUGCCUGCUCUCCAAGUCCUCCAGCGUGUCCGUAGCGGCCUACACCCAGAUCCGAGCGCUGGCCUCGGCCAAGGGCCUCCGGCUACAGACCCUGUUCAGCCAGUACAAGAACCCCAUCUGCCAGUUCCUGGUGGAGUCCCUGCACUCCCGCCAUGUCUCCGCCCUGCGCAGCACGCCGGACCAGAGCAGCGAGUCGGCCAAUCAGAGGGAGCUGGCCCUGGACAUCCUGGCGCAGAUCGCGCAUGCCUUCGACUUCCCCGACCUCCACCGCUUCCUCACUCGCACACUCCAGGUCCUCCUGCCCUACCUGGCUGCCAAGGCCAGCGCCACUGGCUCCGCCCUCAUCCGCACGCUAGCCAAUGAGCUGAAGGCCAACCGGAGGGAGAUCCUCAUCAACAACUUCAAGUACAUCUUCAGCCACCUGGUGUGCUCCUGCACGAAGGGGGAGUUGGAGAAGGCCUUCCACUAUCUGCAGAGCGAGACGGAGAUCGAGCUGGGCUCCCUGCUGAGACAGGACUUCCAGGGCCUCCACAACGAGCUGCUGCUACGCCUGGGGGAGCACUACCAACAGGUUUUCAACGGUCUGGCGAUCCUUGCUUCCUUCGCAUCCAACGCCGACCCGUACCAAGGCCCAAGGGACACCUCCCCAGAACGCAUGGCUGACUACCUGCAGCCCAAGCUCUUGGGGAUUCUGGCCUUCUUCAACAUGCAGCUGCUGAGCUCCAGCGCUGGGGAGAAGGACCGCAAGAAGCUGGCCCUGACCAGUGUGAUGGCCCUCAUGCGUCUCAUUGGCUCCCGACACAUAAGCUCUGUGAGGGUGAAGAUGAUGACCACCCUACGCACCGGCCUGCGUUACCGGGACGACUUCCCCCUCCUCUGCUGCCAGACGUGGGAGUGCUUUGUGAAGAGUGUGGAGCCUACUCACCUGGGACCCUUGCUGAGUCAUGUGAUCGUGGCGCUCCUACCCCUCAUCCCGCUGCAGCCCAGAGAGACCACCGCCAUCAUACGCUUCCUCAUCCUGGACAACAGGGAAGAGGUCCAAGACUACCUGCACGAGAUCUACUUCCUGCCGGACCACCCAGAGCUGAAAGACAUCCACACGGUGCUGCAGGACUACAAGAAGCUGACGUCCAGCAGCAGCGACCUGGCUGCCGCCCUGCAGCUCUCCAUGCGGGCCGUCCAACACGAGAACGUGGACGUGCGCAUCCACGCGCUGACCAGCCUCAGAGACAUGAUGCACAGCAAACAGGCGUGGCUGCUGCGCCAGGUGUGUGCCAGCGAGGCGGUGGAGCCCGUCAUCUCCAGCCUGGUGGGGGUUCUGCUGAAGGGCUGCCAGGACUCCUCCCCGGAGGCCCGGCUGCUGUGCGGGGAGUGCCUGGGGGAGCUGGGGGCCGUGGACCCCGGGCGGCUGGACCUGUCCCACAGCCACACCCACGGAGACCGCAACCCCUUCGUGAGCGGAGUCGACGAUCCAAACUUUGCGUACGAGCUCCUGACGGAACUGACCAGAACGUUCCUGGCGUACGCCGACGACGUGAGGGCACAGGACUCUGCCGCCUACGGCAUGCAGGAGCUGCUGUCUGUGUUCACGUGCUGUGAGGGCCGGACAGACUCCCCUGGCCGUCGGCUCUGGAGGAGGUUCCCUGAACAGGUGCAGGAGAUCCUGGAGCCUCAUCUCAACAGCAGGUAUAAGAGCAGCCAGAAGGUGGUGAACUGGUCCAAGAUGAAGAAGCCGGUGUACCUAAGUAGCCGAGGUAACAAGUUCUCUGAUUGGUCAGCCACCUGGGCCGGUUACCUCAUCAGCAAGGUGAGACACGAGCUGGCGAGCAAGGUGUUCACCUGCUGCAGCUUCAUCAUCAAACACGACUACAAGGUCACCAUCUACCUGCUGCCCCACAUCCUGCUGCACAUGCUGCUGGGCUGCACGCCCGCAGAGCAGCAGGAGGUGACGGACGAGCUGCUGGCCGUGCUGACCGAGUGUGAGGGGCGGGGCGGUGUGCGCGUGCAGGAGAACGCCUCCAGCCUAUCACAGCUCAGCACGCAGACGGUGUUCAGCAUGCUGGCGCACCUCACACAGUGGAGCCGUCACAUCCUGUCCUCCAAGCCCAAGGACAGCGAGAGUGGGGAGUACCAGCGCGUGGUGGCCUUCCUGAAGGGCAUCCCGCAGGACGUCCUGGCGCGGGCCUCCCUGCGCUCCAAGGCCUACACGCGCGCCCUCAUGCACUUUGAGACGCACAUCCUGGAGAGCAAGGAGAGCGUGCAGGACCACCUCACCUUCCUGCAGACGCUGUACGCCGCGAUGCACGAGCCGGACGGCGUGCGGGGCGUCAACGCCUUGCGGCGCGAGGAGCCGUCGCUACGGGAACAGAUCCUGGAACACGAGAGCAUCGGGCUGCUGCGCGACGCCUCCGCCUGCUAUGACCGCGCCAUAGAGCUGGAGCCCGAACAGAUCGGUCACUACCACGGGAUGAUGACCUCCAUGUUGGGGCUUGGCCAGCUGUCCAGUGUGAUCACACAACUCAACGGCGUACUGACCAAUAGACCCCAGUGGAAGCUGGAGCUCAACUCGUAUAGAGUGGAGGCCGCCUGGAGGCUCAGUAAGUGGGACCUGCUGCAGGACUACCUGAGCUCAGGUGCAGACAGCUCGUCCAACACGUGGGGCGUGCGUCUGGGUCAGAUGCUGCUCGCUGCCAAGCAGCAGGACUCGGCAGCUUUCUAUGAGAAGCUGAAGGUGGUGAGGAAGGAGCAGGUGGUGCCGCUGUCCGCUGCCAGCUACGAGUGCGGCACCUACCAGCGAGGCUACGAGUACAUCGUCAGGCUUCAUAUGCUCAGUGAACUGGAGCACACUUUCACGGAGCUUCAAAAGCAGAGACAAGACUCCACCCCCAGCCUCAGCCAGCUGCCACCCCAUUGGUCGGAUCGACUUGAGAUGACCCAGAAUUCCUUCAGGGCCAAGGAGCCAAUCCUAGCCCUGCGCCGGGCCCUUCUCAGCCUGGGAUCUGGGCCCAUGUGUGAGGAGAUGGUGGGGGAGUGCUGGCUGCAGAGUGCCCGGGUGGCCAGGAAGGCUGGACACCACCAGACGGCCUUCAACGCUCUGCUCAACGGGGAGAAGACACACCAGGCCGAACUGCUGACUGAGAAGGCCAAGUGGCUCUGGUGUAAGGGAGACGUGCACCAGGCCCUGAUUGUGCUGCAGAAGGGCGUGGCCCAGUGUUUCCCUGACGACCAGCCGCUGACAGACCCCCGCCUGCUGCAGACUAAGGGCAAGGCCAUGCUGCUGAUCGGGCGCUUCAUGGAGGAGACGGCCAACUUUGAGUCCAACGCCAUCAUGAAGGCCUACAAGGAUGUGACCACCCUUCUGCCUGAGUGGGAGGACGGUAACUUCUAUCUGGCUAAGUACUACGACAAGGUCAUGCCCAUGGUGACCGACAACAAACUGGAGAAGCAAGGGAACCUCAUCCGAUACAUCGUCACCUACUUCGGAAAAGCGCUGCAGUUCGGGAACCAGUACAUUUACCAGGCCAUGCCUCGCAUGCUGUCCUUAUGGUUGGACUUUGGAGCCAAGGUCUACGAGGUUGAGAAAGCCGGCCGGGUGGACCGACAGAUGCGCCAGGAGCUGGCCAAGAUCAACGCGGCGGUCAGCGAGAACUGCGCCAACCUGGCGCCCUACCAGUUCCUGACGGCCUUCAGCCAGCUCAUCUCCCGGGUCUGCCACUCCAGCAGCGAGGUGUUCGGCGUGCUCAACACCAUCGUGGCCAAGGUGCUGCUGGCCUACCCCCAGCAGGCCAUGUGGCUCAUGACCGCCGUGUCCAAGUCCUCCUACCCCACGCGGAUGAACCGCUGUGACGAGAUCUUGAAGACAGCCGUCAACCUCAAACUGUCUCUGGCUAAGUUCAUCGGCGACGUCAACCGGCUGACGGACAAGCUGCUGGAGCUCUGCAACAAGCCGGUGGACGGCAACAGCGCCACCCUCAGCAUGGGAGUGCACUUCAAGCAGCUGAAGCGGCUGGUGGAGGAGCCCACCUUCAGCCAGAUCCUGAUUCCGCUGCAGGCCGUGCUCAUCCCCACACUGCCCUCUACUGGCGGGGCUAACACGCAGCAUGACGCCUUCCCCGGACACUGGGCCUACCUCGCUGGCUUUGAGGACUCUAUCGAGAUCCUGGCAUCCCUGCAGAAGCCUAAGAAGAUCGGUCUGAAGGGCUCAGACGGUCGCAGCUACACUAUGAUGUGUAAACCUAAAGACGACCUCAGGAAGGACUGUCGCCUCAUGGAGUUCAACUGCCUCAUCAACAAGUGCCUCCGUAAAGACGCAGAGUCGCGGCGCAGGGAGCUUCGCAUCUGUACGUACGCCGUGAUCCCGCUGAACGAGGAGUGUGGCAUCAUAGAGUGGGUCAACCACACGGCCGGCCUGAGACACAUCCUCACCAAGCUGUACAAGGAGAGAGGUGUGUAUCUCUCAGGUAAGGAUCUGAGGAAGCUGAUACUGCCCAAGACUGCACCUUUUGAGGAGAAGCUGAGGAUCCAUAAGGAGGUGCUGUUGCCCCGACACCCCCCCGUCUUCCACGAGUGGUUCCUCCGCACCUUCCCCGACCCCACGUCAUGGUACAGCAGCCGCUCAGCGUACUGCCGCUCCACGGCGCUGAUGUCCAUGGUGGGCUACAUCCUGGGUCUGGGGGACCGCCACGGAGAGAACAUCCUGUUCGACUCCCUCACUGGGGAGUGCCUGCACGUGGACUUCAACUGCCUCUUCAACAAGGGGGAGACGUUUGACGUGCCGGAGGUGGUCCCCUUCCGGCUGACCCACAACAUGGUGCACGCCAUGGGCCCCAUGGGCCCCGAGGGCCUCUUCAGGCAGGCCUGCGAGGUCACACUCAGGCUCAUGAGGGACCAGAGGGAGCCCCUGAUGAGUGUUUUGAAGACCUUUCUCCAUGACCCUCUGGUGGAGUGGAGCAAACCAGCCAAGGGUUUGGUGAAGACCCAGGCCAGCGAGACCGGGGAAAUAGUCAAUGAAAAGGCCAAGACCCACGUUUGUGAUAUCGAGCAGCGCCUUCAGGGGGUAAUAAAGAGCAGGAAUAAAGUGCUGGGCCUCCCGCUCUCCAUAGAAGGCCACGUACACUACCUCAUACAGGAAGCCACCGAUGACAAACUGCUCUGUCAGAUGUAUCUGGGCUGGGGACCCUACCUUUAACACACACUGCACUUUUAUACGCAACGACUAGACAAGUAUUAGAUUGAUUUAGUAUCAACAAUACUAAAUCAAUCCCUCCUGAUGGUUCGUGUAUAGUCAGAAAGCGCUGCUAUUUUCACCAUCUCGUUCAUGUUCGUUUUUGUUUUGCGUUCUGUCGUUGAAAGGACCAAUCUAUUCAAUUUCACUUAUGUAAAUUAUUUUGUAUUCAAAUAAAAAUAUAUAAAACUGA